GUACAUGCGCACCAGCUUCUUUGAAAUUUCGCGCCGGCCGGAAGGUGCGACAUUGUAUUUUUUUUAACACGAAACUAGCGGGAACUGGAGAUAUUUUAUCCCGCGGAAUCCCGACAGGUCCACAACCAUGGAUUUCCAGAACAUCGUGGAGAUUCUGCAGGCCACUAUAGACCACACUCUGCGGCAGCAGGCCGAGGAAAAGCUCUCGGAGAUGCACAAGAUAAUUGGCUUUGCCCCCUUGCUGCUGCAAGUAGUGAUGACAGACCAGGUGGCCAUGCCGGUACGCCAAGCAGGUGUGAUCUACCUGAAGAACAUGAUCUCGCAGUAUUGGCACGAGCGCCACUCUAACGUGGGCGAGCCGCUGGCGUUCAACAUCCACGAGCAGGACCGCACCCUCAUCCGCAAUAACCUGGUGGAGGCCAUCAUUCAGGCACCUGAUCUGGUCAGGGUGCAGCUGGGCACGUGCAUGAGUCACAUCCUGAAACAUGACUACCCCGGCCGCUGGCACGACGUCAUCCAGAAGCUCAAGACCUACAUCACCUCCAACCAGCCCAACACAUGGCUGGGGGCACUUCUCAGCAUUUACCAACUGGUCAAGAACUACGAGUACAAGAAGCCCGAGGAGCGCGCCCCGCUGAACGCCGCCAUGACAGUUUUCCUCCCCGUCCUGCACGAGAGACUGAACCAGCUCAUCCCCGACCAAUCACAGGCUUCCGUUCUCAUCCAGAAACAAAUCCUCAAGAUUUUCUAUGCCCUGAUCCAGUACUUCCUGCAACAGGACCUGGUCACACGGCCUAUCUUCCAGCAGUGGGUCAAGUCACUCCAACAGAUUAUGGAACGUCCUAUACCCGAGCACACACUGCAGAUUGACGAGGAUGAGAGACCAGACCUCCCCUGGUGGAAGUGUAAGAAGUGGGCCAUGCACAUUCUAGCAAGAGUUUUUGAAAGAUAUGGCAGCCCUGGUAAUGUCACCAAGGAAUACAACAGUUUUGCAGAGUGGUACAUCAAAACCUUCUCAGAGCGUAUCCUGGGUGUACUGCUGAAGGUCCUGGAGGCGUACCGGCGGAAGGAGUACGUGACUCCGCGGGUUCUGCAGCAGACGCUGAACUACCUGAACACCGGUGUGAGCCACGCAGUCUGCUGGAAGGUCCUCAAGAACCACAUGGUGGACAUUAUCUGUGAGGUAGUGUUCCCCCUGAUGUGUUACACAGACGAGGAUGAUCUGCUGUGGAAGGAGGACCCGUAUGAGUACAUCCGCAUGAAGUUUGACGUGUUUGAAGACUUUGUGUCUCCUGUAACGGCUGCCCAGACCCUCCUCCACUCCACCACCUCCAAGAGAAAAGAUGUCCUCCAGAAAACCAUGGGAUUCUGUAUGAAGGCCCUGACAGAAGCGAACACAGACCCUCGGCUGAAGGACGGAGCUCUCCACAUGAUAGGAACAUGUGCAGACAUACUGCUGAAGAAAAAGAUCUACAAAGACCAGAUGGAGUCCAUGCUGCAGAAUUUUGUGUUCCCGCUCUUCAGAAAUGAGCUUGGCUACAUGAGGGCUCGGGCCUGUUGGGUGCUGCACUAUUUCUGUGAGGUUCAGUGGAAGAGUGAGGAGAACCUGAAGUCAGCCCUGGAGCUGGUGCACAUGUGUCUGACUCAGGAGAAGGAGAUGCCAGUCAAAGUGGAGGCUGCCAUCGCACUGCAGAUGCUCAUCACCCACCAGCCAAAAGCUAAGGAGUUUGUGGAGCCCCACGUGCGCCCUGUGAUCCAGGAACUGUUGGUGAUCAUCAGGGAGACAGAGAAUGAUGACCUGACCACAGUCAUGCAGAAGCUCAUCUGUACCUACACAGAGCAGUGUGCUAUCAUCGCUGUGGAGAUGACUCAACAUCUGGCGGACACAUUUGCCCAGUGUAUUGACAGUGAGGACUCUGGCAACGAAGACAAGGCCAUCACUGCCAUGGGUCUCCUCAACACCAUAGAAACUAUUCUCACAGUCAUGGAGGAUCACAAAGAGAUUAUGGUUCAUCUGGAGGCAGUGGUGUUGAAAGUGGUUGGACUGGUGCUGCAGCAGCAGGUCUUAGAGUUCUAUGAGGAGAUCCUGUCUCUGAUCUACAGUCUGACGUGCUCCAGUGUGUCCCAGAACAUGUGGCAGGUUCUCUACCUGCUGUAUGAGAACUUCAAAGAGGUGGCCUUUGACUAUUUCACAGAAAUGAUGCCAUGCAUACACAACUACAUCACUGUGGACACCCAGGCCUUCCUGUCUAGUCCCAAACAUCUGGAGAUUGUCUACAACAUGUCCAAGUCUAUCCUGACAUCAGGGGAGGCAGGGGAAGAUGCGGAGUGCCACGCUGCCAAACUGCUGGAGGUCUCACUCAUUCAGUGUAAGGGUGUGGGCAACAUCGAUCAGUGUGUCCCCCUGUUUGUAGAGCUGGCUCUGGAGAGGUUAACUCGGGAAGUGAAGACCAGUGAACUGAGGACCAUGUGUUUGCAAGUGGUGAUUGCAGCCCUGUACUACAACACCCCCCUCCUGGUGGACACACUAGAGAAGAUGAGACUUCCCAACAGCAGUGAGGCCAUCACCAAACAGUUCAUCGACCAGUGGUUCAGGGACACAGACUGCUUCCUGGGUCUCCAUGACAGAAAAGUGUGUGUCCUGGGCCUGUGUGCCCUGAUGGAACUACAGACCAGACCUGAACCCAUCAUCUCUGCUGCACAGAGCUUCCUACCUUCACUACUCAUGCUGUUUGAGGGACUGAAGAGAGCUUAUGCUCACAAGGCUUCUCUGGAGGAGGGGGAGGAUGAUGAUGAUGAUGGGGAGGAGGAUGAGGACUAUGAUGGAGAAGAGCUGGCGAGUGAUGAGGAUGAGAUAGAUGAGGAUGGACAGGAGUACCUGGAAGCCUUGGCUAAGAGGGCAGGAGAACUUGAUGAUGAAGACUGGGAGGACGAUGCAGAGGAGACCCCGCUGGAGAGUUACCUGACUCCGCUAGACGAGGACGACUGCACCGUGGACGAGUUUGUCAUCUUUAAGAGUGUCAUGCAGACUCUACAGAGCAGAGAGCCAGCCUGGUACAACGCUCUGACAUCACAUCUCAACGAAGAGCAGGUCAAGGAACUGAAGGAGGUCAUUGUCAUGGCUGACCAGAGGCAAGCUGCAGCUGAAUCGAAGAGGAUUGAACAGCAGGGAGGCUACCAGUUCCCCCAGCAGAACGUCCCAAUGGCGUUCAACUUUGGAACACCUGUAGCCUUCACCGGGGGCUCAAAGUCAUAACAGUCGUCGCCUAGAUUCUGGGCUUUACAUGUGGAACUAUAGGGGACGGAGAUUUCCACUGGAAUGUUCUGUUAUCAUGGCUUUACAAUCAGAGAAAUCCAUCCAGCUGGAAAUAUGACAGCGAGAGAAAUAGCCAAAAAACACUGACCAGAUAACGUAGUGAAUCUGCUUUACUUAUCAUGCUUUUAAAAAGACAGCGGUCAAGUCAAAUUCUGGUACCCAAGCUGUUUGGAGCAGAAAUUGGAAGGAUGUGCUCUGGCUAAAUGCUUUUCUGGAAGUCAUGUUAAUGCCGUUAAGUGUCUCCUUCAGCCUCCAGGGUUUGUAGUGUCCUGGUUGUGAAGGUUGGGAAAAUGCUUCUACACUGUAAGAUUAUAUAAGCACUUUUUGACACAUUUUCAUGGAAAACCUCAGAAAGGGGAGAGUAUUAGUACAAGUUAUGGCUUUCUAAAAUACAGCAGAAGCCAUAAAGUAGCUAAGUAAAGUAGUAUUUUCAAAUGCCCUUUAAGAUGAACAUAGGUAAGGGUAUUUUGUGGUCAUGACAUCCUUGAUCCAUGAAGCUGAUAGGUACAAUAACUGAAUUAUGUACUACAUAUUGCUAAUAUUGUAAAUGUAUACUAAGUCAUUGUGUAUUUUGUCCUCUAAGAUACAAUGUAGACAUGGUAAAAUGUCUUAUUCAUCCAGAAUCCUGAUCGUGUGUACAUUUUGUCAAACGUUUGGCUGCGAUACCACUUUUGAAGUUCAUGAACUAGUCUGGAACUCACGCCUGACUCAAACAUUGCCUUGUUAGUUACAGUGUGUGUUAGUGUCCUUCCAUCUAACUUGAGAUUUUUUUGAAAAAGAGAUCACUGGGAAGGUUCAUCUUCAAAUGCAGGUUCUCUUUUAGUCCUUGGCUUCAAAAGAGCCAGACGAUGUCCUCAGUUCAACAACCUGUUGUAAUCCAAGACCUUCUCUGACUUUUUGUGAGUUUCACAGUCAGCUACAAAUGUACAUGCAUGUAGCCUUUGGUCAGAUGUUUUGGCUAGAUGUAGUGUUACACUGUAACUCUACCAGGGAAUACAAACGGCAAAGCAAAGUCUAAUGGCAAACUAUUGUUAUAGGCACUAAAUCCACAUGGCCUCGGUUGGGAUUAACUCUUGAGGAAUACACGUAAGCAAACUGUGUUGCCAAAUGAUUUGUUACUAAACUUCUAUGCCUCAGUUCUUAAGAACUAGUACCCAUCGUGUACCAGUGAUCUAAGGACUUGCCACACUCUGUUUGGGUGUGACAUGGGAUGAACAUUUGUUAAUUUGUCCGUAUGUGUCCUGAUAUAUUUCAGUAUGUAUUUUGCCCUUGUGGACAGUUAUCACAAUGUGGAAUUCUGGAUAUUAUAACUGUACCUGCCACAACCUAUUAUACAAUUACUUAGUACCACCUGCACAUGCAGUACAUGUACACACAUGUACACAAACAUGUACAUGUUUUCCCCAACACACAUGUCAAGUUUGGUGUGCACAGGAAUAUCCUAUGUAGGGAAAGCUGCAUUUCCUUUCUUUUCAUAUAGGCAACAGUAAAUAUAUCUGGGCACAUUUGUACAGAAAUAAUUAUUCCAUCUCAGAGAUCAUUUAAACAGGGUUGGCCUUUACAUGAAGGGUGUUAAAUAAGUGGUGGCUAUGUCAAUUUUGUGUGGAACAAAAUACCACUCAAGAACAACAAGUCUUAUGUGUAUUGUAUACAUUGUAAUGUAACUGCUGUUUUCCAAUUGUUGAUAAUCGGAAUAAUGAUUGUUUUCUUGGGGAGGGGGUCUAGCUUAACAGAGAUGCCUACUCGAAUCAAUGCAUUUAUGACAAAACAUGGGUGCACAAAAAUAUGUGCCACUUGUAAGGGACAUGUAAAUACUUUUUUUGUAAAUUAUUUUUUGCAGGACCUUGUAAAACUGAAUUCGGACGUUGCAAUCUGUUGUCAUGAAAUGGUAUGACAAAAAAAAUUUCUUACAACAAAAACAAAGGGGGAAGGAGCACAUAUUUUUGAGCAUUCCUUUUAGUAAUGAUGACUUGUUGCCAGACUGUUACAGUACAAAACAGAAAGACGUGUGAGCCUGCUGAUUAUGGUUUUAGGUCGGCAAUAAAUUGUGUGAUAUGUAAAA